CCGCGGAUGACUUCAACCGUGAUAAGACUUUUCCGCGGGAAGCACUAACACCCCUAGUCGUGCCACCGGCUCUUAUCUGUUGCUUUUCGGAGGCAUACCGAAUCGUUACCAACAUGUCUGUAGAUCCGGCACUCAUGUCGCCGAUGAUCCUAUAUAGCUAGAUGUUCCUUAGAUGUAGAUGCAGUCGGGCGACCUGCAUCGCAGCGGCCGAAACACCCUCUCUUCUCGCUCCCAAGAUCAGACUCAACGAAUCAUGAAGACGGAAAUGACCCCCAAAGAGGAGCUCAUGGCCUUCGAGCCAACAAAGGCGCUCGACCUCCUCGACGCAGCCGAAGGCGAAGUAAUCGACCCGGAAGAGAGCUCCGCGCUCCUACGACGCCUCGACUUUCGCCUCAUGCCGCUCCUCUGCAUCACCUACGCCCUGCAGUCCAUCGACCGCACAACGCUAAGCUACGCUGCCGUCUUUGGCAUCCGCGAGGAUAUCGGCCUCACGGGCCCCGAGUUCUCCUGGGCCGGCGCGCUGCUGUACCUGGGCUACCUCUUCUGGGAGUUCCCGACAAACGUGCUGCUUCAGAAGUUGCCCAUUAACACCUUCAUGUCGGCCACGGUGGUAUUGUGGGGCGCCGUGCUCAUGUGCCAUGCCGCGUCGCAUAAUUUUGCUGGGCUUGCGGCGACGAGGACGUUUUUGGGUGCUUUUGAGGCCUCAAUCAACCCGGGUACGAUGUUGCUCUUCUCGAUGUACUACUCGAGAAAGGAGCAACCUGUUCGUAUGGGUAUCUGGAUUGGGUCUGCGGGUCUGGGGUACAUUACGGCUGGUAUCGUGACGUUUGGGAUCGGACAUGUGCAAGGGUCCAUCGCGAGCUGGCGGAUUCUGUUCCUGUUCUGGGGCGCCAUCACAGUGGCUUGGGGGAUUCUCAUGCUCAUCUUUCUUCCGGGCUCACCGUUAACGACCAAGUUUCUGUCAGAGAAGGAGAAGGCAAUGGUUGUUAGCCGCGUCAAGGCUAACGGCACGGGGGUUGAGAACAAGAAGUUCAAAUGGCCUCAGUUCAGGGAGGCCAUGAUGGACCUGAAGACUUGGCUUCUGUUCUUGUUUGCUGUGGCUAGUAACACUCCCAAUGGCGGAUUGACGACAUUCCAAGGCCUCGUCAUCAGGGGUAUGGGCUUCUCGACGCUUCAAACCACUCUCAUUCAGAUGCCAUCAGGAGCAGUACAGCUAAUCCUAUGCCCCUUGGCAUGCUUUUUCGCUUCCUACUACCCAAACGCUCGCAUAGCCAUCAUGCUAACCUGUCUCGCCCCUUUCCUCGCCGGUAUUCUCGGCCUCUGGCUCAUUGACCAAUCCAACCCCUAUGGACGCCUUGCCUGCCUCUGGAUCUCAUUCGCCUACACAGCGACCUGGACGCUCUCCAUGUCCGUCGCCACGGCCAACACCGCGGGCCACACGAAGAAGAUCACGACUAAUGCGAUGCUUCUGAUCGGGUACUGUCUCGGGAACUUCGUCGGUCCCUUCUUCUUCAAGGCGGAACAGGCGCCGCGGUACCCCCUGGGCGUCGCGAUGAUGAUCUUCUGCGUCGGCAUGCAGAUUGGGUGCCUGUGUGGCCUCUGGUGUCUGUUGUGGGUUCGAAAUCGGUCUAGGAGGGCGGAACACGCGACGUCGGAGGAGAAUGAGCAGCAGGCUUAUGAGCGUGGGCUUCUGGACGAGACAGACUUGCAGAACAAGUACUUCAAGGUUCGUGGGCAUCCCUUAUUUGAACUUGAACCUCCGCUAAAGUUUUCCAGUACGUGUAUUGAUAUAUGUGGCACCUCGAGAAGCAAAUCGGACCUUCAGGUCACGCUCGCCUUGUAGAGCAGAAGACUAGAUUUGUCGAAAAAGAACUAAAAAAACGGCACCUCCCAAAACGUUACAAAACUAGCUUAGCACAAAGUGAUAGUUCGCAAAACAGAAUUUCCUGCGAGUGAGAGCUCGCCUUUCAUUAUCCCGGGCAUAUAGCAGUCACUCACUAGGUGGUGUCUAUCAUGCUUACCUGGUAAAACGAAGGUAUCUGGACCGUUAACGUGGUCAUUGUCAUCCCUGAUCGGUCGUAAAAUGAGCGG